UCUUUAGGUCUUGCCCCCUGUUUCUAACUCUUCUCUUCAGACCCCUUUGCUCUCGCAGUCCUGAAGCAACUUCUCUUCUCGACAUGCGGCAUCGGUCAAGCCCACUCUUCAUCCCCUUGCUCCUCUUCCUCGUCUCGCUGCCCUGUGCCGAGGCCAAAAAGAAGACUAGGCCGAAGUCAGAGGCCGGCAGCGGCAAUGCCGGCCCUACGAGCCAGCCCGCCCUGAGCUCCGGAGAGCUGAGCACCAAAGAUGGCCACCGGUGCACCUGGGCAGUGCACGAGGGUGGGAACAGCAUGCUGCUCCAGGUGAGAUGCUCCACCCCCGCGGGGGAGGCCUAUACCUGCCAGUUCUCAGGCAAACCACAGGAGUGCUCUGCCUAUGGUGUCCAGCCAGCCCAGUACUGGAAGCAGGUGGUGGGGAAGCUGAAGAAGAGGAGCAGCGCAUGUGAGGGGGAGAAGGUGUUGAAGACACGUCUGUGCAAGAAAGGGCCGGCUGCUGCCCACAUGAAGCUGACCGAAACCAAACCGGGGGGCGCAGGUGGCCGUGCUGAGGGUGGCAGCAAAGGGGAGCUGAUGGGCAAGAAAACGGGCAGUAAGGAAGGAGCCAGGGAGAAGAGGAAGCAGGCCAAGGCAGAAGAUCUGGAGGAGGAGCCCAUGCAGAGCGAUAGGGAGGCAGAUUUCGGGGACGGCGGCGAGGCCGCGGCAGAUACAGAGACAGGAGAGAGCUACUGCAGCGAGGGCUGGCACUCCGUCUGCAGUUUCUUUAUCAAGCUGCUCGAUGGCUGAAGCCACUGGUUCUGAAGUUCAGAAUUCAAAGUUGCUUCUGGCCAGUGUGUGACAAAGAAUGUUGGAUGGACCAGAUUCCACACACGCGCACACACACAUGCACACAUACACACGCGCACACGCGCACACAUUAGAGAUAAUGAUGUGAAAUCCUAUCAAAGACAACAAAUUAUGCAUGCUAAUUCAUCCUAUGUUAAUAUGCAUUUUCUAAAUAAUGUGGGUUUUAACAAAUUAUAGAUGGUGAGACAUUUGGGAAAUAUUUAGAAAGUUAGACAGUUGUUUCUUUGGAUAUUUAGUGAUGACUAAAUCUUUGUAAAUGUUUUGUAGACUAAAUAAACUAACAAUUUGUAUUUAA